UCUAGUAAACGUGUGCAUUUUUGCUGCGAUUUUUCAAUGAAGUUAUAAGAGAAAAUGUUAAUGUUCUGUCCUACCUGUGGCAAUUUGUUGCUUGUGGAGGAAAGUACAGAUUCUCUACGGUUCUCAUGCAACACGUGCCCUUACAUUUGCAAGAUUAAGCGUAAGAUUUCAAGUCGCAUCUAUCCAAAGUUAAAGGAGGUGGACCAUGUUAUGGGAGGAUCGGCCGCUUGGGAAAACGUAGAUUCGACCGACGCAGUGUGUCCCGCUUGUGCUCAUCAUCGCGCGUAUUUCAUGCAAAUGCAAACACGGUCUGCGGACGAACCAAUGACUACUUUUUAUAAAUGCUGUAAUCAAACGUGUGGACACAACUGGCGUGACUAAAAGGCAUCAUGCAAGGAUAAUUAUUCAACGUUAAAU